AUGAAACGAGAGGAGAAGGAAUUGAUUAUGAAAAUACAGGAACUGAACGAUGCUAUGACCAACAGGAAAGAAGAACACAAUAAAACUGUUGAUGAAUUGAAGUACAAGUUUCGUGAAAAGAAAUCUCAAGUAGAGUCUGAAAUUCAAAGGUUACUUGAAAUCGAAGCUAAAACAAAAGAACAGAUAAAGCGGCGCGUACAAGCUCUGGAAGAAGAAUUAGCUAGAAGUCAAGAACACGGUGCCGGCGGCGACGGCGGCCCCCCCUCCGUGGCGACUGGCGCGCCGCGCGACGCAGACUGUGGCCCGGCCGGAGCCACACCCGCCGGGCCGCCGCGCCGGCCGCCAAUCCGAGCCCCCGGCCUGCGCGAUAGGGCCGCGCGCCAGCCGUGGGGCGGGGCCCCUCGAGUGCCGUAA